ACACCCUUAGUCUCAAAGGUGGACCACAAAAGCUUUUUUGUUUUGUAUACUAAUACUUGUUCUACUAUUUUGCUCAAGUCUGACUGAGAAAGAUUUUCAAGGAGUAAAACAAAUUAAAAAGAUACACUAAUAUCAAGUAUACUAUGUUUAAUACUACUAUUUUGCUCAAAUCCUCGAACUAUUAUUCAAAAACUCUUUCUUUUUUCUUGUAAUUUAUGUGGUAAAAUAAAUAUUGACAUUGUUGACAAAAUUUAUGUGUUCUUAGUUCUUCCUAAAUGUUACUAACAAUUAGGAGUAUCAUAUCUUCCUACUCAAAUUCUUUUCUUUUUCCUUAGGAAAUGUAAAAAAUAUUUACCGAAAAAAAGAAUAUUUGGAGCCAGGGGGUGGUAUUGCAAAAUCUAAAACCGAAAGGAUCUGAUGGUAAUUAACCCAUUUCUGGGAUGCGUCGGCUUGUAAGUGAAUUUUACUGGAACCGACGAAGUAAGAAGUUUCGCUUUCCAAAUCAUUAGUUAAAUAAUCUUACAUUUUAAACUUUCCAAUUUGAUUCUUUUUCAUUUUUUCUCUUUCUUUCAACAUCAAACAAUUUAUAGCACCCUAAGAAACAAACAAGUUUCUCACUCUUUCAGCUGACGCCUUAGUUUUGAUUCAUUCAUCUUCUUUUCACUCUAUUCUUCAUUUUCCAAAUAUUCAUUUCUUGAAACUUUUUCCCAUAAAAUUGCUCCUUUUCUGAAAUCAAUCACUUUGUUUUCCACUUUCUUUUUCCUUCUGAAUUUGAAGUUGCAAUCUUUAUAGUGAAUUGCUAUUUUGGUUUUUCUUAGAUUUUGAAAAAAGGGGGUGAAUCAAAAAGUUUAUUAUUGAUAUUUCUUGGAUUUGGGUCUGGUGGUCAGAAGUUUGUAGUGGGUCUUGGCCAAAAUUGAGUCUGUUAUUAAUCUAAGCAUUUGAUUUGUUGGAUUUUCUUGGAAUUUUUGACCUCAUGAUUGUUCUUUGAAGUGGGAAUUGAUUUGUAUUUGAUCAUUGAUUUAGAGAGAUGGCUGCAAAAGAGUUGAUUGAGAUCAAAUUCAGGCUUGCUGAUGGCAGUGAUAUUGGACCCAACAAGUAUAUGCCUAACACCAGAGUUGAUACUCUUAAAGAAAAGAUUAUUGCACAGUGGCCCAAAGAUAAAGAUUAUGGGCCAAAGACAAUAAAUGAUGUGAAGCUUAUUAAUGCUGGAAGGAUACUUGAGAACAGUAAAACACUUGGUGAAUCCAGACUUCCAGUUGCUGAAGUACCAGGAGGUGUCAUCACCAUGCAUGUUGUUGUCCGCCCUCCUAUGAAUGAGAAAAGCAGUGAUAAACUGCAGGACGAUUCCCUGAAGAAAGGCGGCUGUGGAUGCACAAUAUUGUGAUCCAUCUGACCAGAUAACAAGAAUUACUCCAAGUUUAGUAAUAUCCCAUAGCUCGUGGGUUUUUCACUAGCGGGACUUUUGGAUGCUUUAAGAAGUAUCUUGAACGUUACUGGAAUCCAAGAAGAUAUGAAAUGACAAAAUUCGAAUGACAAAAUUCGAAGAUCAAAUAUCAUUGAAGCUCUUUACUUUUACCUUUUUUCCUUCUCUUUUCAUUGUAUUACCUUUAGAUUUCAGCUUGGUAAUCUAGAAGGCAAAAAGGGAUUGGUGCCAUUGCUGUGUAGGAACUUCUGUGGAAAGAUGUAAAAAAUUUACUUUCUUUUUCAGGUGGGGUGGGGUAUUGGGGGCAAACUAGUUACAAGAAGCACUAAAGAACUGUUGAAAAUCAUAGAUGGUUUGAUUUCAUUUGAUUCCACAUUCAGGCAUUUGUACCUUGUUACGCUAUUUCUUCUGUUAUUGAAGCUCUAAUGUCUAUGGCAUGAAA